GAAAUAUAUUAGGUUAUUAUUAGUAAUGAUCAUUAAAAAAUUUAGGAAUCAAUCAUUUUGCCCUGAAGAGGCACAAAAGUCGAAAUUGACAAGUAACCAGUAUAUUUUGAAGAUUUUUAGAAGGAAAGGAUGGAAAAGUAGCGCAAAUCGAUUGAUGAAAAAUUCGAGCGUGGAAUCUAGUUAAGAGGAUACAAGAACUAGAAUUGAAAAUACGACAGCACAUUUAUUGAAAUAUAUUUUUAGCUCAAUCUCAACAUCCUCAACAAAAUUGAUAAAGAAUUUGAAGCAAAUCAAGAAGACCAUUUUACAAAAUGGAAACUACGGUAAAUGCGAUUCCUCUGGGCCCAGAUUCAACAUCCACGACAUGCCCAAACUGUGGUGCCCAAAUUAUGACUGUUAUCAAACGUAAACCAUCAAAAGUGGCUUACAUUAUUUCUGCUCUCUUUUGCGUGGCCGGAUGCUGUAUUUGUGCUUUUGUUCCGUGCUGUAUGAAGAGUUGUAAGGAUGUGCAUCACACGUGUCCGAACUGUGAAACAUUUCUCGGAAAGUAUGAGCAUUAAGAAAAAACCUGAGUAAGCUGAAUUAAGAAGCCUAAUGUUAAUAAUAAAUGUGUGUCCCACUAUUACAUAUUUAUGAUGAGAAAACUUUUUUUUAUACACAAAUUUGACCACACGAAUUUUUUAAAUCAACUUAUUUAAAAAAAUAAAAAAACUUUU